AUGCCCGGUAAAAAGUUUGCCUACCUCGCCGAGGUGGGCCCCCCCUCCCCCGCCGCGGAUGGCCGUCCCGAAACUGGACCCGAGUAUCGGGUUCGCGUGGCCAAGGACGGCCCCCCCACCGUCAAGGACAUCAACACCCUGUCCGACCUGUUCAGCCACUCCGUCUCCCGCUUCGGCGACAAGAACUGCCUGGGCAAGCGCACGAAGGAGGGGUAUUCCUGGCGCACCUACUCCCAGACCGCGCGUGAGGUGGCGGCGGUGGGCUCCGCUCUGGUGGCGGCGGGGCUGGCCCCCGGCGGGCGCGUGGGCGUGUACGGCCCCAACGCCCCCGAGUGGAUGAUCACCAUGCAGGCCUGCAACCGCCAGGGCUUCUACUGCGUUCCCCUGUACGACACCCUGGGCGAGUCCGCGGUGGAGUACAUCGUCAAGCACGCCGAGGUGACGGCAGUGGCGGUGCUGGGCUCCAAGCUCGGCGCCCUGGCCGCCAGCCUGCCCGCGCUGCGCGACCGCGUGCGCACCGUGGUCUACUGGGACGAGGCCGACGCGGCCACGCUGCGCCGCGUCGCCGACCUGGGCAUCGCCGUGCACGCUUUCCACGAGUUCGUCGCGCUGGGGGAGGCCUCGCCCGCCGCCGCCGCCACCGUGCAGGCCGACGACCUGUGCACCAUCAUGUACACCUCCGGCACGACGGGCGACCCCAAGGGCGUCAUGCUCUCCCACCGCGCCGUGGUGUCCACCGUGCUCAGCCUGGACGCCUUCCUGACCGAUGCUGGGGUGCGCAUGGGCACCGAGGAUUCGCUCCUCUCCUUCCUGCCCCUGGCCCACAUCUUCGACCGCGCCGCGGAGGAGCUCAUCCUCUACGUCGGCGGCUCCAUCGGCUACUGGGCGGGGAACGUGAAGGAGCUGCUGCCGGAUGUCAAGGCGCUGCGGCCCACCCUGUUCUGCUCCGUGCCACGCGUCUUCGACCGCAUCUACUCCACCGUCACGGGGCAGAUCGCCAGCGGCGGGGCGGUGAAGAAGUUCCUGUUCCACACUGCCUUCAACACCAAGCUGGCCCGCCUGAAGAGGGGCGUGGCCCAGGACAAGGUGCGUUGUCAAACACUGUGGGGCGCAGGGGCUUGCAGGGCGGUGUAUGGGCUGAUCGCGUGCCUCGCCCGCACCCCCCACCGGUUCAGUGCCUUCCCCUGGCUCCCUGGUGCUCCCUGCCCCACUCGCACGCCGCCACACUCUUCCACGUGCCUUCAGGCCGCCCCCAUCUGGGACAAGAUCGUGUUCAAGAAGAUCAAGGCCGCGCUGGGCGGGCGCUGCCGCGUGCUGGUGUCUGGCGGCGCGCCCCUGUCGCUGCACGCCGAAGAGUUCCUGCGCGUCUGCAUGGGCGCGCUGGUGGUCCAGGGGUAUGGCCUGACGGAGACCUGUGCCGCCUCCUUCAUCGCCUACCCCUCCGAGCCGGACCACAUGGGCACGGUGGGCCCCCCCCAGCCCGCCAUCUCCUUCCGCCUGGAGGGUGUCCCUGAGAUGAAGUACAGUCCCAGCGCCGACCCGCCACGCGGCGAGGUGUGCAUCCGCGGCGCCUCCCUGUUCAAGGGCUACUACAAGGACCAGGAGAAGACGGACGAGGUGCUGACGCGCGACGGCUGGUUCUACACGGGCGACAUCGGGGAGCUGAGCCCUACGGGCGGCCUCAAGAUCAUCGAUCGCAAGAAGAACAUCUUCAAGCUGUCCCAGGGGGAGUACGUGGCGGUGGAGAAGGUGGAGAGCGCCUACAAGCUCUGCCCCAGCGUGGAGCAGAUCUGGGUGUACGGUAACAGCCUGGAGAGCGUGCUGGUGGCCGUGGCCGUGCCCACUCAGGAGCGCCUGGACGCGCACGGCGGCGCAGGUGACGUGGCCGCCAAGUGCGCUGACCCGGAGCUCAAGAAGGCCAUCCUGAAGGAACUGGCGGCGGCCGCCAAGGAGGGCGGGCUCAAGGGCUUCGAGCAAGUGCGCGGCGUCAUCCUGGAGUCGGAGCCCUUCUCCGUGGAGAACGAGCUGAUGACCCCCACCUUCAAGCUGAAGCGCCCCCAGCUGCAGGCCAAGUACCAGAAGGAGAUCGACGCCCUCUACAAUACGCUGCGCCGCUGA